AUGUCUGCAUUCAACGACUACUGUGUCGUUUGUGAAACAUUGAUCCAAGACACCACCAGCAGACUCUACUGUUCUGCAUCGUGCUGUCAGCACGAUUUGAGCUCGAAACGGCGCAAAAGCGCCGUGGAAGAACUCGUGGCCACUCCACAGCUCUGUCCUCUGGAUCUCGAAGCCAAUUGCGACUCUGAAGACGAAGAACUUUCAGAUUUGGACUACAUGGCCACGGUUCCAACCACCGUUAGCACACCCAGAUCGGCUCACCAAAAGGAAGUCGCUUUGGACGGCUACUUUUCGCUCGCUUCAGAACCGUCAUUGGACCACACUGCAGAGAAUAACUAUCGUUUGUGGCUCAACGCCCAAGACGUUUAG